AUGUGCAGCCUGCGUCAUCAGUGGACCGGUCCGAAAACUCAGUAUGCUCCUACCGUCAACUUCGCCAAAUUGACUCUAAUGGAAGAAUUUCAGCUCCGUUGUCCUGCGGCCAUAGCUUCUGUAUUCCCUGCUUCCGAGAUUUUACGAAGAAUCAUGUUAAGAACUACUACCGGUCUCUUGAUCUACCUCUCCCUUCUCGAGUGGAAUCCCAUACGGUUUAGAGGAGGACGAACGCCGGGAGGAGUGACGUGUGGGCGGAAGCGAAUGCCGCAAGACUGGCUGUUUCGGGUGCAAGUGCCCCUCAGCCCCUCUCGUAACGAGCCUACGAGGCUUGAGCUCUCAGGGCCCCGGAUCUGGAACGACGAGAAGAAAGACUGGAUAAGAAAGCAGGCCACCUUCACUCGGACAUUUGAUCAAAGGGAACCCCCGGCUUCCGCUACUGCGCCUCUUGAGAAUACCGAAGCAACGGACGCGAAACACGCUGCAGCUAGUCUCCGUAGCACAAGUGCUCCCGUCGAAGAGAAUGCGCCUGUCCUUGCUCCUCCCACAUCCCAGCGAAGCCAAAGUGUUGCUCCACCGUCGGAUAUACCUGUCAACGACCAGACUCCGAACGAUAUAGAGAUCUCCGAACGGACCCGGUAUCCAUACCGAGGAUUUCCGGAGAAAAACUACUGGGUAUACGAAUCUCGGUCUAAUCAACUACUUGUGACUCCCCCUCGCCCCCCUGACGUUCACGAGGGCGACUUUUUCUGCCACCGAGCUCGUAACAUGUACCAAGUGUGGAUAUGGACUACUCGCAAUCGCACCCUUCAGUGGGCUGGCUUGGAUUAUGGUUCAUCUCCCCCUCAAGAGCCCGAUAGAUUCGUUGCCAUUACGGAGAAGGGAACAUUGACGUUGGUUCAGAAAGGUACCUGGGAUAGAGUUUACAGACAUAAAUUAUCGCCAAUUGUCCAGCCUCGGCAAGUCUAA